AAUUAAUUUACAUUCCUGACACGGUGCAGAGAAGUGCAAAGUGAAAUUUGUUUGUAAAGGAAAUAUAUGCUUCAUUUGGAUGAUCUACCAGUAGGGGGAACGUUUAAAUCGGACAAGUGAGGCCGCACAGCAACCUUUUCGACGGCCGUUGAUUAUUCAUUCGUAAAGAGGUUACGCCAUGAAUUCAAGAACGAUUGAAAAAUUUGAAGUGAAACUCCAAGAUGUCAACAAAGUGUUUUGUCCAGGCGAUACCAUCUACGGUCAAGUAAAUUUAAAGGUAAAGGAGGAUUUGAAAAUCAAGGAAAUGCGACUGGAAUGUCGCGGCGAAGCAUAUGUAAAUUGGCCUGAAUAUUCUGGGAGUUACACCAGAUACCACUAUAACAGAGAGAGAUACUUCAACGCGAUAGAGGUUAUUUUUGGAGAAGGUAAGCUGAUUUACUUCCAAUAUUUUUGUGAUUUGUCGUUCGGCGGUGGUCAUAUGAUACUGGCUUGACCAAACUAAAAUGCGGUCAGAUUAGACUCUGAUUAUCUUGGGAAACAGUCCUUCUAAUUCUAUUGGUGAUUGCAAUAUGGCUCCAGCUGUAACUGUGAAGCCAAGCGAGACUUAAAAGGUCAUAUCAAUAGAUGCAAAAUUUUAAUCCUCUUUGCGAUCUGCAAACAUUGUAAGAAUAUCCCAUCAAUCGCUUUGAAAUUGUAAUUAUUUGGAGUGGUCAGUAUUAGCAGAAUUAGAAGCAGAAUGAAACGUUCCUUAAUUAUCAGUAUAAGAUAGCAUGACACAAGGAACUUAAAACGGGGGAAAUAUAGCUAGGUAAUUAACGAAAACACGUCCACAAGUCCAUAGGGUACUAGCCUGAGUCUGUUAUCAACUAAGACGGCAGUCAUGAAUAUUUUAUGACCAAACUCUUAGCUGAGGUUUUGUCGGAACUUCUGACGACGGAACUAAAGUGGCAAUAUUACCAGAUAAUACCAGUUCAAAUCACUGUAAAGCGACCAUUACCCGUUGAGCAGUAAGUUUUCUUUUUUUUCUCUUAAUUAUUUACCGAUCCAGUGCGAUGUAUUCAUCGUUGCACCAAUUGACCACUGUAGAAAAUACCAUAAGAUACCAUAAUGUUCUUUGUUCGUCACUCCAAAAUUUUGCAUAACUAUUGUUUUCUGUUUCUCUUGUGGCCAUUUUAACUCCCAAGAGAAACUGAAGACAAUGCUUAUGCAAAAUUUUGAGGUGACAAACAAAGAGCAUUAUGGUAUGUUAUGGCAUUUUCUGUAGUGGUCAAUUUUUCAGUUUGCCUCUAAUUAGAUACAUUGUUAAUGAGGGUUUAGCCAAGAUUGCCACAGAGCAGUUUACUAACAACGAUUUCAUAACAGCAAUUGCUAUAAAUUAAUGGUAGGAAAGCAAUAAUUUUAUUGUUUUUUUUAACUGCCGUUUCUUUGCCGCGAUUUCAGUCAGACACAGUCAUAUUUUUAAGAUUUAUCACCAAAUAACGCACGCGGUUUUCUUGGCAUCGUCCGGAAAAAUUAGAGGACAGAUUUGGUUGUGUUUUGAAAAGGCAACCUGCGCUUCUGUGACACUUGAAUUAUUUGAUGCGGUUGAAGAAAAGUUAUUUUCUCUGUUGGUGUCAGCGCUAUUAACAAAACAAUGUUGUUAUCGUACGUCUUAUACAACGAAAUUUGGAAAACAGCUCGUCUCCAGCUGUUGGACCUGCGGGAAGAUCUAGCUUUCCCCACAGACUGAAGUCAUCCAAAAUUCCUCUUUCCGACGCUUACUUCAACGAUACUUUUGAAACUGCCGCCACAUACAAUCAUCAUUAUACUUAUGAUAUAAAGCUGUUCGUGCACUGAUGGCGUAGUAAUGCAGAUAAUGUAUAAUGUAUUAGCAAAACAUACUUUGUGAUAUAGUUUGCUAACUCAAACGUGUGAGGCCUUCCAAAUUUAUCAUGACCUUGAUGAAUAGUAAACAAGGAAAUAAGUUAUCUUUGCCCUCUAACAGCCAUGUGAGCAUGACAGCUACCAUCAAGAUCCCACAGGUCCAGAAACUCGUUUACCUUCACUUGAAGAGGGGGGCGUAAGGGUUUGCGGUGAUGCGGUUUUGCGGUAAUUUUUAUUUUAACUCACGGUAUUGCGGUUUCAAAACACUUAGCGGUUUGCGGUUAUUACAACCUUUAAGUCAGGGUUAGCUCGUACAGCCGUACAGCCUCGUGUUCUCUUUGAUUCAAUGCGAUAAAAGGGGGUGGUAGGCCUACACGACUUUUACCUGAUGCCAAAAUGCGGCUUAUUCCAAUAAAGUUGUUUUUAUCUACUGGGUAGAUUAUGCUCUGGAAGGUUCUGCAUUUUACUGAGCAAAUGUGGUUUCAGCCGCAUGUUUCACACUGAGAGGUCAUGCCAUAUAUAUCGAUUGACUGUAGUUAUUGUUUUCUGGUCGGCAGGAUUUGCCCUCUGAUGCAAGCGCAUUUUCUUUGACCUCUUUUGAAGCGUAAAGCUUUUUUAUUACGGCUGAAUAAGGGUUCCAAUUUUCUCCAAAGUGCCUUAUGGAUCUGAUCUAAGCGAUUUUCGUUAGUCCGUGAGUGAAUUGUUUUUCUGCAAUGCUGUAUCACGCUGGGCCCAGCUUGUCAGUUUUCUUCGCAGAAUGUUAAAUUAUCACGGAUAGUGACUUACAGAUCCAAAAUUAUAAGAAUGAACUGCAGCUUAAACUGAAGCUACAUAAACUUACUAUAAAGAAUUGAAUUGUGACUCAGUAAACUCCAGCUUAGUGUUUUUCUAAAGAUAGUGUGAGUCUUUUGACUGGAGCGCGUAGUUCCUCCCUUGGUAAUAGCUUUGAAUAAGCUGAACAGUCUUUAAACUGUUUUGUUAUUGCCACAGUUUGUGAUCAGGCAAGACCAUGGUUUCGGUUCUCCUCACGAACCUCAUCAGUUGCCGGGUUGGCUUUGUGCUUAGGUGCUUUUACAAGAGCAACUUUAGUUGUACUUUGUCGUGGCGAGAACGGUACAGCCGUUCUGUCUGUUGAGCUUUGAACUGAACAUAAAUACCCACGUGGCGGAUCGAAAUUCUUGUUUUCUUAUUGGCUACUGAACGUAACCAAUUGCGAACUGUGUAUUUCGAUCCUCUUCUGCUUCAAGCUAGAGGUGUGUUUUUUUGGAAAGCAUUUCGUGAAAAUUUAGGCACUUUCUUUCAUGGAGGAGUUCGAAGACUCUUGUAAAUAAAUGCGCACAGAGUUUCCGUACACUCCCUUUAACGGUGUAUUUUUAACCCUGAAAUGCAGAACUCUUGCCUUAAAACAUCUGUAUGGUGAUCGCGCGGCAGCCAUUUUUUGGAAAAUGGCUAGCUGUUACUAAGGUUUCCAAAUAUGGUAAAAGUGAAUAUUCACGAGCAUUGAACGCGAGUUACACGUUUCAACCCCUUAUGAGUUUCUGAUAGAGUAUAAUAGUGUAGUACAAUACUAUAUCGUUAGCGUUAUGAUGGUAUGUUUAAUACUAACGCGGGAUGUUAUCAGAAUAUAUCAUAAGUCUUGCUGACGUCAGCUUUCAUAUUGUGGCCUACAUCUACGCGCGGUUUCGGAAUUCGGGAAAAAAUCCGAUGCGGUUUGCGGUUUUUUGGCGCAUUUCUUUGCGGUUUUGCGGUUUUCGGACCCCCCUUACGCCCCCCUCCUUGAAGUUAUCUUUCUUUUCGUAAGAAUUUUAGCCAAGAGGCUUAACAGGGAGAUAACGCGUCUGGCCCGCCGUUUCACGCUCCCGGCGUCGAGGGUAUACACAGCUAGAUCUGGAAGGGUAUUUGACCGAAAUUCAGCGCGGGAUUGGGGAAAACGGACAAUUUCUUGACCGGAUAAGGGAUUUGAUCCUUACUACUCGGGAAGCGUUAUUUGCCAAAAUCUUGAAAUGGGAUGCGGAAAGGAAACGGUCUUCGGUAUAGAAAUGACAGAAGUUCUGAAUGCGAUGUAGAUUAUCGUGAAAAAAGUAGCGUCAAAUGCGGAAUCAAGCUCCCCUUCCAGACCCAGUUUACAAAGACCAACAUCACCAAUCCCGGCGAUGUGGAAAGUGUCUCCAAUUAGUUUUGUGUCACAGAGUAAUCAGUUCUUGGAACUGUAAGUGGAAUUGUCACUCUCAUAACCGUGACGUUAGUCUGGUUAGUUAAUACUUAUAGCGUUUCGCUGCAGAAAGAAAGCGCAGACAAAACAAUGACAGCUGUUUUAUUUGUUAUGAUGAUGAGGAGGAGGAUUAUUGUUUGUUUGUUUUUUCUUUUUUAUCAGAAAAAGAGAAAGAGAACGGAGUAAAAUCAUCGGCUUGCAUUUCUCAAGGAUGUUAUAGUUUUUCUUUUAAGUUCAUCAUCCCAGACAAGUAUCUUCCCACAUCGUUCGAAGGUCGCCACGGUAACAUACGCUACUGGGUUCGCGCAGUGAUCGAUAGAGGUCUUGGUAAGAGUAACGUGAAGACGAAGCCAGCACCUUUUAUGAUAGGCGAUUACGUAGCUCUGGAGGACUUUGAAAAUGUCUCGGUAAGGAGAGUUCAUUUCUUUAGCAACUUUUUCUGUGUUCCUUCCCGUUGAUAUAAACGAAGGUUGUUCGGACAGCAGUGGAUGGAUAUUUCAUAUUUGCCCACGGAUCUUACCUCUACCAUUGUUUUUAAAACCGUUUAUCUAGUUUUCACCUAGUUUUUCUAAGGCCCUGGUAAAGGUAUGUUAUACCUAACUGAAAAAUUUGGGCCCAUGCUCCCAACCCAUGAGAAAUCAACAACCCAACAACUUGUGGGGCAAUGGGGUUGGGGGUGAAGUACUCCAACAAAAGGGAAGUGUCACUAAGCUAGUCACUAGUGCAGCCGGAAAAGGGGGAUCAGAACCCUGACUUCUCUCCAGGGGUGUAGGUCAUAAUCCCUGAGAGAGGUUCCUACUCCUCUUGAGGGCUGCAAUCGUAAUACCAAGAAAAAGGUCCUUAUUCCUCUCAAGGGGUCACAAUCCACUGAAAGAGGUCCUUAGUCAGGAGUCGCAAUCCCCCACUCCUCUCCAGCUCCGGGGUC